UCUGAUCUGAUCCUUUGUUCCUAAGACAAAUGUAUUCUUGAAUAAGUAAGUGAUAUUAUUGACAGUGAGUAACUUAAGAAAAAAAAAACCAUAUGAAGAACUUAACGGCUCUCCAUUCGUAAGCAUUAUGCAUUUCGAUCUUAUAUCUGUAUCCAACCACAUACCCCAAUAUCUCGUAGCAUCAAUUUCAGUUUUUUCGCCAAAAAUCCAUCCUAAAGAAAUUUGAAAGCAUUCAUUGUUGCAACGAAAGGUCGCUUAUAAUCUUAAUAUCUUUAAUUAAUUAACUAUUAGCCUUGAACGGGUUGUCUGAUUUAAAAUUACAAUAUAAUUGUCUAUCAUCUACUUAAGCCUGAACUUUACAGUUUUUCAUAAAUCGCACAAUAUGCGUCGCGUAAAUUUAAAAAAACAUCAUAUGCGUCCGGAUUAUUCCGGAUUUAAAUUAAUAAUCUUUAUAACAAAAGCAAUAAGUUUUUUUUUAGAUUAUUAUUUACGGUUUCGUUUCUAAACCCAAAUCGUAAUUCCACAAAAUCACGUUUUCAAUUCUUAAACAUUUAUAAAGAACAAUUUCUGAAAUAAACCCCAUUACCCCCUUACGCUUCUAAACAACAUCCUGGAGAACAAUAAAAGUUAAACAUCACAUGCCACUUGCCUGGACUAGGCGAACUCCACGUGAGCGAAACCUCACAGUUUCCAUGCGCCCGCAAACCGAAAACCUAAUAAAUACUGCUCCGGCACAAUUGCGCUCUCAGUUACGCAGCUGAUCCUCGCGUUCCUUGAAGCUGUCUUACGAUACCAUAAUAUAGUUUCCAGUUUCACAGCGCGCGAUUUAUUUUCAAGUAUCACGAUGGUGAUUUUGAGUGUCGACGGUAACGACUCGUCUCGUAGCGUCUCUCCAUUAACACCAUCUCCAAAAGGCAUCCGAUUGUUUAGAGUUAUCAGUAGAAAACUAGCUAGAAGAAGUCAUAAUGAUUUUAACAGUGGUUCGGAUGAAUCAAGAUCAUCGAGUUCAGAGAGUUCCUAUAGUAGCGGACACACUUCACGCAUUGAGAAGGAAAGAUGCGUGUCACCGAAUCAUAUUUCGAGCAGUUCGAGUGAUUCAGGGAGUGAUGUUCAAGUAAGAAUCAGACACCACCAUUCCACAUCAGCGGAGAGUCUUAGAAAGGUGUUUCAAAAUUUAAAUCUGUACAACCGAUCGCAUAGUUGCAGCAACGCAAAAGAUAUUAAGAAGAAGAAGGAUAAGAAGACUCAAAAAAGCAUUUUGAGGCAUCCCACAAGCUAUACGUACGUUAAAGGACUAAGUGGUUUACCUACUCAAAGGAUACCAAAAGGUCAAAAUAGAGGGUAUAACACGUGUUCUUGUAGUAUGCACUACUUAAACAGCUUAAAUAGAAAUAGAUAAGUGAUUUAUAAAUUUAAUAAUAUCCUUGUAAUCCUUUGUACGCAAUAUCAUUAAAUCUUUUGGUAAAAGUUCUCCUGAGUAAUACUAAAAGACUGCAUUGAUGAUGGAAUUUCGACUGAUUUUAGUGUUAAGCUUCUACUAUUAAAAUAAUAUCUUUAGGUUCUAGCUCACCUAGUUAUAAUGUUUAGGAUUAGUUUUUUAUAUGAAUUGUUAUGACUGCUCUCUCCUCUUCUUAGAUCUUAAGGAAUUUGAUUUAUAAAAUACGUUUGCUCUGAUCAAUUAUUACC